AUGGCUUACUCUCAGCACGUCUCUCAACAUUCCUAUCAGGACUUUCUACAACUGUGGACAAGCCUUGAGGAGCUCAGCCCAGAUAAUUCUUACCCUACCCUCACCACAGAGGCUGACACAGAGUAUAACCUUCUUGGUUCAUCCCUGGAGGAUCUCCACUCUGAGUUAACAAAUAAGGACAUACCUUGUGAGUUGGUCUCCACAAUUAACUCUUCUCCCACAUCUCAGAUGGCUGGUCAAAUAUCCACAGUGACCAGUCCUCUGCCCAGUUUUCCUCCUCACAUAGCAACAACCCCAUCCUGUCCUGGUCAAACCUCACCUCAGAUUGUCACAAGUCCUUCAGGAGAGCAAGUGUAUGCCAAACAUUCCACUCCUUCCAACACCAAUUAUCCUGGCCAUAACGGAUUCCAAGUCUCCUUCUCUCCACCCCAGAAAGAGACCAAAUCCACAAGCUGGACAUACUCUCCCUCCGGCCGCAAGCUUUAUGUCAAGAUGGCCAGCUCCUGUCCUGUUCAGUUUCACACCAGUCAGCCUCCACCAGAGGGCAGUAUUAUCCGAGCCAUGCCCGUUUUCAGCAAGGCAGAACACGCUCAAGCUGUGGUCACACGGUGUCCUAACCAUGUCAGCAGCAGAGAGCACAACCAGAACCACCCUGCUCCUAGUCACCUUGUUCGCUGUGAGCAUCAACUCAGUCACUACCUGGACGAUCCAUCCACAGGCAGACACAGUGUGCUCACUCCUUAUCAGCAGCCACAGGCUGGCUGCCCUCAUCUCACCUAUCUCUACCAGUUCAUGUGUCUGGGAUCCUGUGUGGGAGGACCCAACAGAAGACCAAUGCAGAUUGUCUUCACCCUAGAGAACGACCAGCUAGUUCUGGGAAGAGCCGCUGUAGACAUCCGCAUCUGUGCCUGUCCUGCCCGUGACAAGAGGACUGAGGAAAAGUCCUAUUUACCUAAACCUCCAGCUUCCUCUCCCAGCUACACCACAGGCGACAAACCCAGGGCCGCUCACAAGAGGAAACUUGACCACAAGACACUUUUAACCAUCACCAUUCAUGGCCGUGAUAACUUUGAAAUCUUACGCAAAAUCAGAGAUUCCUUAGAACUCAUGUCUUCUUUAUCCAAUGAUCAAGUCACUCAAUACAAACAAUCACCAGUAUUCACCCAUGUCCUGAAAAUGUCUCAUUUCUUGGUGACAAACAGUCCUGAUUAG